CGGAGAAUUUAUAAAUAAAGAAAUAAUGCAUCGGAAUCAAUCUUUGGACUUGCAUGAUUGUUUUACUUUGAAAACCAAAUAAAAGCUUAUAAUAUGCAUUUAACAAUAUUUUGGAACCCAUAUUUUACCAUUAUUUACUUUAAUUAUUCGCCAUACACAGAGACGCUCAUGACUCUUGUUUAGCCGCCAUGUCUGAAGUUCGUUGUGUCUUGGGAGACUGUGCUGUGUUAUUCGUAAAUGUUUUAUUUGUUAAAUUGAGUUUACGUCUUAAAAACAAUGAUUUUUCUUGUUAUUAGUGUUAUUGUGAAAGAAAGUUAAUUGUGGUGUGUUUUAGAAAUUGAUGCCUAUCGGUACAUUUUGUAUGUGAAGAAGUCUCAAACAUAUAUUUUUAGUCCAUCCGCCAUAUUGGCGUUAAUAUCCCUUCAUUUACUACCUAAGAGUGUCAGGCGCUCCGAAAGAUACAGCUACUACCCUGCAGUUAUAUGCAAGGUAGGGUUAUAAGUUAUCCAUGAGUGGAGCGACGUACUUUUAGGUGCAAAAGCACCAAAACUAAUUUAUAUUAUGAUAGAACAGUUUAGUAUAAUAAGAGGGUUUAGCUGAUGCCACUGAGUCAGAAAUUGGAUGAACCUCUCGUUACAAUUGAGAUUGCUGACUCCAGCACAAUGCAGCAGGCGGUUGAUCCCUUGGCAACAACAAGCACGCCGGCGGCGGAGCCUGUUAAUGGUACGCCACCGGAGGAUACCCCCCGAAGACAAGGCCGCAUAACGAAUCAGCUCCAAUUUCUGCAGAAAAAUGUAAUGAAAGCAGUAUGGAAACACCAAUUUGCGUGGCCUUUCCACCAACCAGUAGAUGCAAAAAAGUUAAACCUACCUGAUUACCACAAAAUUAUAAAGAAACCAAUGGAUCUCGGAACCAUAAAAAAGCGGUUAGAAUCCAACUACUAUUAUUCCGCCCAAGAAUGCAUCCAAGACUUCAACACGAUGUUCACUAAUUGUUACGUUUACAACAAACCUGGCGAGGAUGUUGUUGUGAUGGCUCAAACUUUGGAGAAGCUCUUCUUGAACCGGAUAGCACAAAUGGACAAAGAAGAGAAAGAAAUCGAAGCACCCUCGAAGGCCGGAAAAGGCGUAGCAAAAAAGCGGGGAACUGGUGGAAGUGCCGGCGGCGGCGGUGGCGGUGGCGGCGGUGGCGGCGUGGCAGUGGCGGCGGCCACAGGCGGCGCGCGGGUCGCGGUGAAGCCGCCGCCGCCACACUCCGCGCUCGUCGGUUCCACCAACACCACCACCGCGCCCACGCUUGUCGCACCGCCGCCUACGCCGCCUGCCACGCAUACUGGACUUCCACAACAAGUGGCGUCCCAACCUUCUAGUUUUCAUGUAACGCCAACCCCGGCGACUCCGGUUUCGUCGAUCCCCACCGUCGCAUUAUCGCAGACACAACCCGCGAAGGUCAAAAAAGGUGUCAAAAGAAAAGCUGACACGACUACUCCUAUGGGUAGUUCAUUUGAAGGAGGUUAUACCACUCCGACAAUAGAUCAACAAAGUGGACCCAAACCUGCAAAAAUAUCUACAAGAAGAGAAAGUGGACGUCAAAAAAAGGCUAAUAGAGUUGGUGACGAAAAUUUCAAAAUGGGUGGUCUUUCACCUGGUGUCGGAGGCGCUGGAACUUCGCAUCAUUCAGUUUUGACUCCGCAACUUGCUAAAGGAAAAGAGAAAUUGUCUGAUGCACUCAAAAGCUGUAAUGAAAUUCUUAAAGAACUUUUCUCUAAGAAACACUCUGGCUAUGCCUGGCCAUUUUAUAAACCUGUUGAUGCUGAAUUACUUGGGUUACAUGACUAUUUUGAUAUCAUCAAGAAGCCUAUGGAUCUCGGUACAGUAAAAAAUAAGAUGGAUGGAAGAGCUUACAAGUCAGCUGCAGAGUUUGCUGCAGAUGUUCGUCUUAUAUUUACAAACUGUUACAAGUACAACCCGCCAGACCAUGAUGUUGUUGCGAUGGCUCGUAAAUUACAAGACGUUUUUGAAAUGAGAUAUGCAAAGAUUCCUGAUGAGCCUGUUCAUGUUGCGGCACAUGCAGAAAAAGGAAGCUCUGCAUCAAGUUCAGAAUCUGGAUCAGAGUCCGAUUCAGAAUCAGAUGAUUCAGAAGAAGAAAGAAACAAUAAGGUUAAGAUGCUCGAAAAAGAACUUCUGGCAUUGCAAGAGAAAAUGAGGAAACUCGUCGAGGAGUCUAGUAACAAAAAGAAAGCAAAGAAAAAAAUGAAGGAGAAACAGAAGAAACAAAUAACUACUGGAGUCACGCCUAAGGUUCCACCCACUCCGGCGUAUACGGCCAAGACUAACAAUAUUGCAGACAACACAGUUUCUCAUACUGCGGCGACCGGCGGUGGCGUGCGCAAACAGGGUGGCAAGCGAGGACUGGGUGCCGGCGCUACCUCCGGCGGUGCGGCCGGCAAGGCGGCGCGUGCCCCUGCCGCGCCCGCCAAGAAAAAGAGCUCCUCCACGCCCGCUGUCGCGCCCGCGCCACAUCCACCCCCGCACAACGACUCCGACGACGAGGACCUCGCUAAGCCCAUGUCCUAUGAUGAAAAAAGACAGCUCUCGCUGGACAUCAAUAAGUUACCAGGUGAUAAACUGGGAAAAGUGGUGCAUAUCAUACAGAAUAGAGAGCCGUCGCUGCGAGAUUCUAAUCCGGACGAAAUAGAAAUAGAUUUUGAAACUUUGAAACCUUCCACACUCAGAGAAUUGGAAAGCUAUGUUGCCUCAUGUCUGAGAAAAAAGACUCAUCGUAAAGUAUCAGGGAAAUCUAAAGAUGAACAAAUGGCGGAAAAGAAACAAGAACUUGAAAAACGACUUCAGGAUGUGUCCGGACAGUUAGGAACGCAUAAGAAGCAACAACAGAAAAAAGAAGGUUGUAAAGAAACUUUGGGUGGUGGUAUGUCGUCGUCUUCGAGUUCGUCAGACUCGUCCAACUCGUCUUCGAGCACCGACACCAGCUCCUCGGACAGCAGUGACAGUGAAGCAGGCACCGGUCCCAGCAGGACACCCAAAAAGAAAGCAAAGAAGCCACCUGUGCAACAACCGCCGCAAAACAAGAUAAUAGCACCGGCUGCUGCAAAUUCUGCGACGGUACCGACGAGUGUGUCGAACGCCGCCUCUGAUGGCGGUGGGCCCGCGCCGCCGGAUGCGAAGCCGGCUCCGGAACCCGUCGCCGCCCCGCCCGCCGUCUCCGUGCCGUUACCCGCCGCCACGCCGCCCGACGCCGUGCCGCUUCCCGCCGCUGCGCCGCCCGACCCCAAACCGGACCCGAGAAACGGUCUUGACAAGAUGGAUACCUCACAUUACAUAGAUCCUAUUGAACGCUCCCUGGCCAGUUUGGAACGAAGCUUAAAAGCCGAUGUACCCAUGGACGUAAACGUGAGCGUCUCGGAUUCAUCGAUUCGUCUCGAAGACGACUUUGCUCUUCCGAAACCGCAGACGAUUCCGGAUGCGGCGCAUCAGACUCUUAUGGCGCAGCUCAGUGGCAUAACUGAAGUCGCCCGGGUACCAGAACAGAUGAAAACUGAUAUUUAUCUACCCGCGCACAACGGUUUCGUUGAAAAAAACGCGUCGCAAGACCGCGAUAUCAUACGACCCGACAUAAAUCCUAACAUACCCAAUUUGAGUAAUGUGACCACGGUAUCGUCGAUAUUUGAUCCCAUCUCAUCGACACCCUUGCCGAUUAUUUCACAGUCUCAUCACAAUAUGUCUAGUGCCCCUAGCCCUAUAACGCCUGCAGUAAAGAAAGAGGACAGUAAACCUUUACUCACCCCCAAACCUAUUGAAGAUCUCAUGGGAGUUCCGCUUGCGAUGGUCAACAAUUUGCCUGAUCGAGCUAAAUAUGAAAUAGACAAAAAAAUGGAAGACACAAAAAAUUCAAAUUUUGCUCAAGCAUUUAAAUUGAAACAAGAGCAAAAUUUAAAGAACGCAAGUUCUUGGUCGUCUUUGGCUCAGGCUGGCAGUCCUCAAAGUGUACCAAACAUGGUAACCAACAAUCAAAUUAAGCAGAAACCGGUUAUGGAUAGUUUUCAGGCGUUCAAAAAACAAGCAAAGGAAAAAAUUGAUCGGCAACGAGCUUUAAUAGAACAACAGGAAUUAAGGAAAAAAGAACAAGCGGAAAGAGAAAGACAAAGACAAGAAACGGAGAGGCGACACCCAGAUGAAGAAAAAUCAAGGGUUGGUCAAGUGAGUAGAUCGGGUGGUAAAGUGGAGAGCGCUGAGGUUUCCCCGCCGAGCGGGUCGCCCGUGGCGCGCGCGUCCCCGCCGGCCGCCGCCGCCGCCGCUGCAGCCGCCGCCGCCGCGGCCGCCGCGAGCGCAGACAAGCCCGCCGCCUCCGAGAGAGAACGAUUACGUCUAAGAGAACAGGAACGACGUCGACGAGAGGCGAUGGCAGGACAGAUAGACAUGAAUAUGCAAAGUGAUAUGAUGGCGGCUUUUGAAGAAUCACUUUAAUGUAGUUCAGUGGACGUUUUAUUUUUUUGUAAAUAUAAUAGAUAAUCUUAUAAAUAUUAAUAAUGCAAUCGAUGAAGUGAAUAUGAAACUCUGAGUUGUUAUGUGGUCGUGUAGUGCGUUUAUUUAGACGGUCGAUGAGCGAGUGGUCAAGUGCUGUGAAUAGAUAUACACGUUUGAAACUGUUGUACCAAUAUAGAUUUUUGUGCUUGUGUAUUUGAGCCUUUAUUAGUGGACUGCAUUUUAAUUUACGUGUAUCAUAAGUAUAUAUCUAAGCUCCUAAACUAAAAGAACUCUCUUUACAAGUGUAAGACUAUUUAUACAGCGUUCUAAGAUGACUUCUACCUUCCAACAUUUGUUUUAUAUAGAAUGUAAUGAAUGACCUACUAAUGACGGCUAGGACGGUAGAGAUUAGAUUAACAUAAAUCGGUAAUAUUUUAAUAUAUAAGAAAAUCGACUAAAAACCAUGAAAAUUAUCUACACAAUUUGACGAAUUUUCUCAUUGCAUGUUUUACAUAAAUAAAAACGUAAUACAAGAAAGGUAAAUAAAUAUCUCUGGAUUAUCACAAAAGUUGCAAAUUCUAGAAUAAAUCAAGCGAAAUAACAAACAUUUCAAUUAAAAUGAAAGCUGUAAAAAGCGGUAAAGUUUUUGUUAAAUUUGUGUCGAAAAAACCAUCACUAGGGACUAUGGUAUCAUCACGUUGACUGCCGGCGCCUGAGUUUGUUCCUGUCCUCCCGCGCGCUACCUCGUCUCGCGGUCGCGUAGUGAUGGGCGCAUGCAUUGAAUAGUGAUGCGCCACACACUCCCCUCCGAGACCGGAGGUCGUGCCAUUUUUUUUUUUUGCGUUAUCAGUGUGGAACGUUUUAAUGACGCAGGGAAGAUCUUCCACCGAGCGGUUGGUAUUGCUCGGUAGACCGACGAUCCGUUCCCCUAGGAGAAUACGAGUCUAGGCUUGCCUGAAAAUAAGGAGGGAAAUUAACUCGACGGCCCGAUCUCGUAAAUCUGGCCUCUGUUUGGGUACUGUCGUUCGCCAUGCGACUAGUUGUUGCUUCUUGCCUAUCCGCUUCCCAAUGGGCUAGCUUCACUCUGUCAACACUAACGGCUUCUCUAGGUAAGUCUAUUAUGACGGUUUUGUCAGUUCUUGAUAUUACGCUAUGUGGACUGGUGUAGGGUGGCUCCAGUGCACCACUCAGUGCAUCCUUGCGAAGGAAUAUGUAGGACGUUGUUUUUAGGUCUUCAUGCACGAAUAUCGACUUCCCACCGUGUCUUUUUAUAGGUUGUGCUAUGAGUUGGAUCCCGUCUUCAAGCUCUGAGAAAUUCAGGCGCUUCUUUGUGUUUGUUUGAUUGAUGGAAAAAUUACCUGGGUAACCUGAGAGGUUCGCAAGUCACGUUUCCAGCUGGUCCUCUAGCCCAAAAGUAUCGUAGGGGGAACAUCUGUCCAUCUUCGUUCACCAUGAGCCAUAAUUGAUGCUUUUAGUGUCCGGUGCAGUCAUUGAAUCACACCAUUUGCUGCUGGAUGGUACGCGGUGGUGGGGCCUAUCUGUGCUCCACAAAAAUCGGUGAAUUAUUUGAAAAGCGCGGAUGUGAACUGUCUGUGAAUUUUUUUUGUAGACUUCGCACCCGGGUGUCUGUGCUUAUUAACAGCAUUAAAAAGUUGACGCAGGCUCAGAGGUACCUAUGAACGAGGUUUAGGCUCAGAUACGUCGCAGUAUACUUCUAAAUGCGAACCAGGGAUAGCUAUACGUUGUAUUUUCAGGGAUGAUUUCCUACUAGUCAAGAGCUCUUUCAGCUCCCCAUCUUUACUCUGUUCUCUUGCUAUCUCUUCGCUGCUUGGUGGAACCGAAGAUAUUGUCUAUCCGUGACAGCGUAUCUGCGGCCACAUUCUCUUUACCGGAAAUGUGUCUGAUAUCCGUAGAAAACUGCGAUAUGAUAUCCAUCUGAUUGUGCUGCCUAGGUGAGCAUUAUCUCUCUCUCUGUACAAAUGCAUAGACAAGAGGUUUGUGAUUAUAGUGAAGUGUCGACCCUCUAACGUAUACCUAUAGUGUUUUAUGCUUUUGUACAUUGCUAACAACUCACGGUCGUGGGCGCUGUACAUCCUCUUGUGUCUUGUUCAAUUUCUUUGAGAUGAAUUCCAAAGGUUGCCGCUCACCAGAAAUUCUUUGUUGCAAAACCGCACCCAAGGCCGUGUUAGAAGCAUCGGUCGGGUGAGCGGUGAAUUUAAAGCUGGCUGGACCAACAAAGUCGAGCGUGAUAUGGUGUCCAUGUUAUUUGUUGAGGAUCCUUUUUGUUCGAUCCAGCUAUAGCUUCAUGUAAUGAUGCUUGAUCAUUGGCAGCUUGCGGAAUGAAGCGUCUAUAAAAAUUAAGCAUACCGAGGAACCUUUGCAAACCGCUUACAGCUUUUGGCGGGGUGUAUUCUUUUUGUAUAGCUUUUACUCUCUAAACUGUUGGUGAAUACCUUGUGCCGAGAUAUUAUACCCUAGGUUAUCUGAACUUUUCCAAAAGAGCAUUUAGCUUCGUUUAUAAGCAGUCCAUACUCUUGUAGGCGCUCAAAUACAUUUUUUAAAUGUUCCGGAUGUCCAAAAUAGAGUUUACAACCUUCCUUACAUUCAAUCACUUCAACUGUGUUCGCACCUCGGACUGGUCGAUAAUAUCGAUAAUAUUUUGCGCAAGACUUAAAUCUCCAAAUUACUUUUUAAAAAAAGUUGAAAAGAGAACCCAAAACAUGCAAUAGGAUGAAUUUUAAUCUGUACAAUCACAAUAACUUCAUAUUAAUAAAAUUAAAUAUUUUGUAUUUCUACUUGAUUUACAAGCUUGAGUGAAUAAGAAUAUUGCAGAUUAGUGUCUUGACUUAUCUUAGCAUAGGCAGCCUCAUUCCAAAAAACGAGACACGUGCAGUUUUGAAAAUUGUUUAGUGAAAUAGUCUUGAAACUGGUUCACCAAGCCUAAUAAAUAUUAUUACAAAACCGUGCUAAAACUGAAGUUUAAGUAGCUAUAAUAGAUUUAUAGAUAGCUAAAUAAAUUUAGAUCAACUUUAUUAUAUGUUACAUUUGCAGCAGCACAGAAAUUAAACUUGAAACUGUUAAACCAUAAACAAUUCUAUAUUUAAGUUUGGUUUUGAAUAGUAACAAAUAUUCAAAAAUAAUUUGUUGCCAUUGUGAAAGCUAUUAUCGUGUAUUUCAUUAAAAUA